UUGUCAAUUAGUAUUUUCCUUUGCCAUUCUGUUUCGUGUAUCCGUACUGCCGGAGUAGCUGAAAUCGACGAGGAAGAUGGGAGAAGAAGCCCCUCCUGCUAUUGACAUCGAUCCCUCAUCAUCAUCGCCGCCUUUGCCUUCGCAAAACAAAGAUAAAGCAUGGCACUCUUACAUCUCAGAGGAUCUGCCUCGCACAGUACAAGAGUCUACUGACUCCGCCCUACGCUCUGCCCGUUCCAUCCAAUAUACUUCCUCCACCCACCUCCGCACUCUUCAGGAUUUUAUGCCAAAGAUAAAGGCCCAGUAUACAACAUAUGAAGAAGUUUUCUUCACGAAAAUUAAAGAUGAGUUGGUAACUGCGAGAGAGCACCCUGCUAUGGCUGGGGGAAUUGGUAUUGCUGCUGGCCUCCUCCUUAUGCGAGGUAUUAGAUGUACUUAUUUUUACUUUAAAUUUUCUCACCCAUAAUCUGCUGGGAACUGA